AUGGAAAUGUCAGAGAGCAGGGCAGACGUGGGCCUAGCGCACGUCGCUCAGUCCGAGUCGGCUGCUCCGUCCGAUGACAACAGCAUCAAGUACUCCCCUGCCAAAAGGCCACCUCCGAUCAGUAUGGAAUCGCCAGCCGCAUCGCCCCUCUUGCGUCGCCAGAGCAGCAAAGACACAUCCGGCGCAUUUGCAGAGGAACCUUCAAAGCUGGUAGUCCCAUCCACCUCCACACCAACUCGCUCCGGCAGUCGUCCGCGAUCUGCAACGUGGCGGAAGAUCAUGCCUGGUAUCGGGACUCUUGGCAGAUCGCAGAGUGUCGCGGAACAUCAUGGAGAUCCGGAAUCGUCACUGCGCGGUCCUCAUCCUCCCAGCUCGUUACGAGGCGUUGGGAACAGACAAAUCCGAACCAGCGUGCAGAGCGCCUUUGAGCUCGGUAGCUCUUCCAGCCCAGCGGGGAAGUCAGCUAUCGAAGGAGGAAGUACAGGUUCGAGAGAUAGGAAGGACGCGCUCGGGACGCGGAAAACGUCGAUGAGUGUGAGCCAAGAGACUCUAGGCGAGUCAGUCUCACAAGCGGAUGGGAAGGCGCUACCUAGAACCGGAACCACCGCGCAGAAUUUUGUGCGCCGGGUAGGCAGUCGGUCUUUCUUUUUCAAGGGAUCUUCUGGCGGUAACCAAGCAGCAGCUGCUAGUACCGACUCGCUGGCAACCUCUGCCGACUCGAGUAUAAGCGUCUCGAAGAGGGCAAGCGACAUGCUCAGCAGAACCACUUCCAUGCCCAGCUGGGCUCGACGAAGGUCCAAAACCUCGCUGACCAGUGCUCCAGGUCCUAGAAGUCCCAGCUUAAGGAGUCCAGACGGCCGGACCAGUAUCGACACGCAGGCCUCCGCUUCAGUUGCUUCCCUGCUGGACUUUGGUCGGGCGGCCGGAGAACGCGUCGUGGACAACAGCGUCGCAGACAACGAGGCCCACCCCGACCAGGUUUGCGCUUCGUCAUCUGGGACCUCCGCGCCGGGAAGACCUUCGCUAGCCGAUGACGGGCUGCAUGCAGCCCAAGGUGAGGCCUUUCCUAGAAGACUCAGUGGGUGGCUUUUGAACAUGCUCGGCACAGAAGAGCAGGUGGCGGAGCGCGAUCAGGCUACACAGCCGCUCGCUUCGACCUCAGCUUCCUCUACUGCUCUCAAACGUCCACCUUCUGAUCACAGUGAGCGAUCAGUCUCCCCAUCGCUUCAGCGCGCCAAUAGCAGGUCCUCUGUGAACGGCUCGGCGGCGCGAAAGCAGAGCAUCUUGUCCAACCUGUCGAAUACUGCGCGUCAGCGCGUCGGCAACCUCGAUCGCGCCAUGCGCUCGCUUCGAGAGGCAGAGAAUGACGCUUCGACCCGCGACAUCUGGUUGCUCGGGGUUCUGCACAGCUCUGUUGCUGGUCAGGAUACCUUUACGCCGGGUGAAAAGCUCGAGUCGCAGUCCCCUCGCGAUUCACCCAGACCCACCAGUCCUGCUCGAAGACCUACCAUUGAAGUGCACACCGCCUCGCCCCGCCAGGCUCGCGCCGAAAGGGCGAGCAGCCCCGCUGCAAGCAACACGGAACAUAGAACAGAAGCUGAGGCUGCAGCGCAUGAAGACAAGCGGGGCCCUGGCGAGCCAAGCUCAGUCUCAAAGGAUUCCUUGCUUCUUCCAGCUUCUUCAGAUAGCGCGGAUCGCGCUCCACGUACGCCUUCGCCGGUCGAAAGGCGACUCGCUGGCGGGGACGAGACGCUCAUCAUUCGUAAUCCUCCGACCCCGCACGCUUCACCGCAGCCUCCGUCUGCUCCUCGCGAGACCACAAAGCGGCGGAACAGCGCGGAUGAGAAGCCAGGCUUGCAUAGAAAGACCUCUGUCGGCACAGCACUCAAUGGCAGCGCUCGUAUGACGCCGCCCCCUGAUCUGGCUGCUUUUCACGACGAUUUGUCCAGCCGAGUCUGGUGCACAUACCGAGCCAACUUCUCUGCCAUCGCGCGGGACGGCAGCAUUUCAGCUCAAGCGGCAGACGCUGCACGAGAGCUGGCUGCGACGCAAGCUGCAGAAGCCCUUUCCACAGCUCAAGCAGAGGAAGGGGCAGCCCUCGAGUCGACGGCUACGAGUAUGACCGCCAGCGUCUCUGUACCUCUGAAGUCGCAGCACCCAAGCCACCUUCACACUACAUCCUUAGUCACGGGCGUGGCGACACCAAGCGCCGUUGAAGCUUCGCGGACGAGCCGCGGCUGGCUUGGUAGACGUCCGGCUGUCAGCAGUGCUGGUUACGCUUCCGAACUUGCAUCCACGUCUCCGCCCGGUGCUUCACCCGGACUAGGUGCUGCUUUGGGAUUGCCACGAGCGUCGAGCGCAAGCCCCAGUAGUGGUCAGCCUUUCCAAGUCGGUAGCGCUCCGGGACUCGGCGAGCGCAUGGGCAUCCCGAGCCUCUGGGGCCGCACCACAGCUGCUCUUUCCGGCGCUUUGGGUGUUCGGUCAGAUCUGACACGCGACUCGGGUUGGGGAUGCAUGUUGAGGACAGGCCAAAGUCUGCUUGCCAAUGCGCUUAUCAACGUCCAUCUGGGAAGGGACUGGAGACGCCGAACUCGACCGAGUAGCGCUGCAUUGGCCAAGUCACUCGCGGCCAUGGAAGCCAAAGAAGCGUGGCGUGUGAGUCGCGCAGAGUAUGCCACUUACGUGCGUUUGCUCUCGUGGUUCUUCGACGAUCCUAGUCCUGCAUGUCCAUUCUCUGUGCACCGCAUGGCGCGCGAGGGCAAACGACUUGGGAAGGAGCCUGGCGAAUGGUUUGGCCCGAGCACCGCAGCGGGUGCUAUCAAAAAGCUCGUGGACGAAUUUCCUGAAGCUGGUCUUGGGGUUUGUCUCGCUGCCGAUGGUGUCGUGUACCUCAAUCGCGUUCAUAUUGCCGCUGCACUACCCGCGUCUAGGGAGCCUUCUGGCGAUGUGUGGCAGCGGCCGGUGCUCAUACUCGUGGGAAUCCGCCUUGGGCUCGAGGGUGUCAACUCGAUGUAUCACGACUCUAUCAAGGUAAGUCUAGGCAGCUGGUCGAUUAAUCUGCGCCUGACACUGACGAUCGAUGCUCUUGGCCUUGCAGGAUCUCUUCACGUUUCCACAGAGUGUCGGCAUCGCUGGUGGGAGACCAAGCUCGUCUUUCUAUUUUGUUGGCUUCCAAGGCUCGAGACUGUUCUAUCUCGACCCUCACAACCAGAGACCUGCAGUGCCGUUCCGCCACGCGCCUCCCUCCUAUCCGCCUAGCGCAGAUGGCGGGGAAGGCUCGCAAGAAGCCGCGGACGAGUGGUGGGUCAACGCCUAUUCGGAGCAGCAGCUUGGUAGCUAUCACUACAGUGCGCCGCCAAAGAAGAUGGCGAUGGAGUCACUCGACCCAUCGAUGCUUCUCGGCUUCCUCUGCUCUGACCAAUCAUCUCUCGAUGAUCUGGUCUCAAGAGUGCGGGCACUCUCGAAGCCCAUCUUUAGCGUACAGGACGCACCUCCCCGUUGGAUGAUGGACGACUCGGACGUGCCUCGCAAUGGAGCUGCAUCGGCCUCAAAUGACUUGUCCUAUGACGACGACCUUGCCUUGGAAAGCUUUAGCGAGGGCUCGAUGGAUGCGGAUGAUGAUGACCGCGACGGUGACUCUGCGGACGAGACCUUUUCUGGCUCGCAAUAUCGGGACCAGGCUAGCACGUCUGCGCGACCUAGUAGUCGUAACAGUCUUGCCCGUUCGAGAUCUCGCAGCGGGUCCGUCUCAUCUUCUAUCAAACAGCGCACUAGCAUGGCUCGUACUUCAGCUUCACAACUAGUCGGCGAUCAUGCACCAACCAGCUGGAGGGGUGAUCCAUUGUCGCACCGGUCAUCCCGUAGCUCGCUCGACAGCUCAUCUGCUGGCGACCGGGCCGGGUCUAGCGCAGAGGUCAGCAUCGCCUUCCCGAGCAGCGAUGAUGCUUCCAGCAUCUCCCCCAGCGUGGAAGCGAUCCAGACAUCAUCGCGUGCUGCCAAUCCGAAACCGCACCGUUCACGUGUCGAUACUGGAGCAACGGCGGCUGCUAGUCCCAUUACUCGCCACCAUAACAUCAGACAUCAGCCACCGUCUCGCUCGUCGCCUGCGCCAGAUGUGUCGGCCAGCUUUUCGUCUGUCGAUACUGCUACCAGCACCUCGGCGCAGGUUGCUGUUAGCCAUGUAUCUACUCGCCCUCGCUCUCGACGCGGUGAAGCUUUGAAGCGCCGUUCUUCGCCGGACGAGUUCACGACUAGUGAGGAGGAUGACGCCAAUUCGACAUGGGAGGAAGUCCCUUCUGUCAAGGGUAACGCUUCUGCUGCGAUCAACGGGAGCGCAAAAGGCUCAGGCAUGCAGAACAGGCAGGAAGGACAGGAAAAGACGCCUAGAUUCGACGAUUCAGACGACGACUUUUGA